AUGGGUUGUUCAUCCUGGUUUCAACGAAAAUUCAAACCAACUGCAACACAUGACUACCCAACAGAAGAACAAGGCUCGGCGGUGAAUAACUUCGAUUCUGUACCAUUCAGUAGUGUGUAUUCCGUUGAUGAACUGGUUCCUGAACGAUAUCUCGUUCUACUUACUGAUCAGAUGACUGAAAUGCUUUUUCGUUUAAUGACUUGCAAUGAAAUAUCAGAAAAUGGAUCUGAUUAUCGAACAGUACACGAAAAAGAUAUUGAUAGCAGUACCGUUUCAACGCCGCAUGUUCAAUCACCACUUGCAUUGCAAUCAGUGCAUAAAUCAUGUGUGAAAUGUAACAUGAAGAUGUUAACCAUUGACGAGUUUCACGAAUUACACAGUGCUUUUCGGCGAGUUGAUCAUGAUCGAGAUAAUUUCCUUACACGAGAUGAAAUACGAACGACGCUUAGUUAUUUAUUUGAAUUAACUGAAUACGACAUUAAAGAAACUAUUUCCGUAUUUGACAUGAAUAAGGAUGAUCGGGUAUCUUUCGAAGAAUAUAUCAACGAAAUGAAACAUCGACUAUUACACGAAUUUACACGAGACGAAAUCAAACUAGCAUUUGAGCAAGCUGAUAGUCAGCGAAAUGGAUAUCUGCGUAUCGAUGAACUGAAAAAUGCAAUCGGAUAUUUAAAUUUACAUCUACCUAGUCGACGAAUAGUCGAAAUUGCGAAUGAGUGCAUGAAAAAUGAAUUGGUGAAUUCUGUUGAUUUUGCCCUAUUUGCAACUAUUGUUGAAUCCUUACAUCGUCGCGAACCUAUCACAUUACAAAAAUUCAAACGUAUUCAUCAUACUGUACAUCCAAUAACAACGACCUAG